AUGGUUGACCAUGGCGUUUACCCUGAUGGAUACGAGUACCCUGACGGCCGAUUGCCCGCAAUGCCAAACAACUGGGACGAGAUAAAUCAAAAACUAGCCCAGCCGCGACCUUCUCUUUCACCGUCAAAGUUUUCUGAAAGCGAGUUCCGACAAUUCAAAAGAGCAGACACAACCGCUUCCAAAGAGAAGUCAGUGGCAACUUCUGUUGUGCCGGCUAUUGAUGGCGAUAUUGGUGACCCCAAAUGCGUUGGAGGGGACUACCCAUUCGGUAACCUUGCUUCUCUAACAGAUGGCACUCUGGCAAAUGCAAAACCAGAUCAUUUCUUUGGUGCUCGCCCUGAGCAGCUUAAACCCAAAAUCCGCAAUAAACUUAAUAAUUUUAUCAUUCUAUUAACGCAAGACUCCCUUCCGAUAACUUUAAACUUCUUUCUAGAGGCGAAGGGCCCUAACGGAUCACCUGCUGUGGCCACGAGGCAAGCUUGUUAUAAUGGUGCACUGGGGGCUCGAGGAAUACAUAAACUUCAGUCGUACAAGCAGGAUGAGCCUGUCUUUGAUAAUAAGGCCUACACGAUAACGUCAACUUACCUUGCCGGCACACUCAAGCUCUACACAACACAUCCCACCGCCCCUCGAGAAAGCGAUGGGCGUCCUGAAUAUAUCAUGAGUCAACUCAAAGGUUGGUCAAUGACUAGCGAUUCUGAAACGUUUCAGAAAGGAGCAACUGCGUAUAGAAAUACACGGGAUUGGGCUAAAGAACAGAGGGAUGGGUUUAUUAAAUCUGCAAACGAGAGACACACGCAAGCUCCAUCUGAACUUCUCUCAUCUGAACGUGAGCCAACUUCUGAGCCAACAGUCGUCUUGGAGGACUCCGAUACAUCAGCUACGUGUGAUGAAGCCGAAUCUCACGAUGCUGAGUGGAGUUUUACCCAUCCAAAUGACGGCAUUGAGGAUCUGGCUUCGAACAAACAUACAAGAGCCGAGCCAACCAGUAGUAAUAGCCGCAAGUCUCUCCAAAAUUAA